UACACAAGCAGCGCCUCCGGCUGUCACUUCUGUGUGGGGCUCCGGCCUUUGGAGUGCCGCGCUGCCUCCCCCCCCCCUUCGGCGCCCCUCCCCCCGCCCCAGGCGCGCGCUAGCCGCAGGCUCUAGCUCUCGCGGCGGACUCGCGGAGGGAACUGCUGAGCGGGCAGGUUUCGGGGCGCGGGGCGCUUUUCUGCGCGGAGGGCGGGGAAGCGCGCUAACUUCGCCGUCCCACCGGCUCCGCGGCGGAGCGCCCUGGCUGGGGGGGGGGGGGGGGAGGCGGGGGCGAAUCUCCUGCGCGAGCGCCCUGCCCAGCCCCGCGUUCGGCCCCUGGCCGCGGUGCAGCCAUUGGGUCCGCAGCCUCGGCUGGAGCGCAGGGGCCACACGGGCAGAGCAGAAAGCGAAAGUAACUUGUGCACGCGGAAGUCCCGUGGGAAAAGCAGAGCCCCGCGGAGCCAGCGCGUCUCCCCCGCAGGAAGAUGCGGCCAGAGGGCGGGUGAGUCCGGGAACUCCCGCUCCUUCGCCCAGCGGCGCGUGGCGCAGCCUGGCCCGGCGGAUUCUGCACUCCCAGAGCCUCCCCUGGCGCUCAGCACCAGCCGCGCACCAUGCACAAGCCUCUGCCCCCACCAUGACCGAGAAGCCACCAGCGCUGCGCUCUCCACCUCCCCCUGCGGACAAUGUUCCAUGUUUUUUUUAGGUCUGUCUUUGGGAUUCUGCCACUGUUCAUAGUUCUGUUGCCAGUAAAUUCAUCUACUUGUGCGAUGGAAAAUACAACUGUAAUACGUGAAAAGUAUGAGAAUAUCCUAAGCCACGAUAUUGAUUUGCUGGAAAAUAUGUCUGAAGAGUAUCGUGACAGGUGCUGCAGGAAUAAAAGACGUGAAAACCCUAGUGCGAUUUUCUGCAAUGAUUCUCAGGAAAUAAGGUCAUUACAGAAUAUGGCAUGUGACUUGCUUAAGUUCUUUAAUAAACAAAAGAUCAACAAAGAUUUCAGAUGGCAAACUGCUCUGGUUUCAUGUAUGACAUUAGAAAUUCUACAAUGCAGAUGUGAUAGGGGGAGCAGAAAUAGAAAGGUUUGCAUAAUGGUUACACAAACUAGCAAAGACACAAGAGGGGCACAAGGCCCCAAGAAAAAAUGUUGCCAAGACUUAUGUGAACUAAAGGAAACUAUAUCUAGUUUCAGAUCCUGCUGGAAUAAGUUUGAAAAAGAUAUUGCUAGCUAAAAAACUUGAGAUGCCUUUAUGUUUUUUCAAAGUGCCAUUGCUAGAUACCUUUGCAUGCAUACUUUACAUGCAUUCUUCAAGUGUAUCUGUCUGCUUAGAUAAAUACUUUUUGCCAAAGUCCUGAUGAGAAGAUCCUAUACCUUGUUUCUGGGGACAAAGCCAUUGGAAACCAACAAAUUGAACUGCUGAAGUACAAGAAGUGGAAGCUAACAACACAAUUGGAAGCAAAGACAAACAGAAUAGAAUGCUGUAGCCCCACCUUCACACAAUGAAAAGUACUUAGACUCUGUAGCUAUCUACAAGUACUUGGUCAUGUUUUUUGAAUACCUUUAUAUGACUUUAAGGUGAGAAGAAACUUGUUAGAUGCCUACUGCGAUGCCUACUGCCUUGCAAACUGCAAGGAAAGAAAAAUAUCAAAUUAAUAGGAUGUUUUAUAUAACCACAUCAUGGAUCAAAAUUAACAGUUAUGCUAGUUAAGAAUGGCUCCUCAGCCAGUUCUGCUGAUGCAAUAAUAUUUGAAGUACUGGUAUCCGAUGGGAUCUGCAAGCUGAUUUUAAGGCCAAAAAAAUGGAACCAGGUCUCUGCCAGAGAAAGAUAUGGGAAUGAAUUAUUUUUACCUAGCCUAGGGAGAGGUAUCAGUUUUGGAGGAUUCUAGCACAGAUGCUGCUGAAGUAGCUAGAGGCAAGACAGAGUAAGGCCUGUGGAUGCAGAAAGCUCCUGAACAUGAGGAAGAUCAGCUGACUGGAGAAAAUACUAGCUUUGUGGAUUUGGUAAUCACAGUUAGCUGCAGGAAUAGUUAGAAUAGCUUACAUUAAUUGUGAUGACUUUAGUGUAUAUAUUUUACAUAGUGUAUUUAACAUAAAACAGACAUGACUUAAGAUAUGUAUGAGUAUUUUCAGAGAAUAAUAUAUUGGCAUUUUACUAAUUAUAUGUUCAUAUUUAAUUUUUGAUGAAUUUAUAAAUAUUUAUUAGUUGCUUAUACCUCACAAUUUCUUACUUAAAUAUACUACUCCUUUUGUAACAAAACCCACUUGUAAUAUAUCUAACAAAAUGGUG